UGACCGGCAUCAGUAUUAUUUCUGCAAAACGAAUGGGACAUUGUCAUUUCAACCGUCUUUUCAUAAGUUGUAUUUCUUGUUUCUAAUGUGACGUUAGUAACAUGUUUAUCCAUAUAACCAAUAAGUGUUCUUAAAAAAUGACUAUCCCAAGAAAUCAGAAGUGAAAAAACAGACAAAGGCUUCCAUCAGAGUGAACAUUGACUUCUAUUGAAUCAUGGAUCAGAUGAUAUCAAAAGUGUCCAAGUUUGCGCCCACCAAUGAAUUCCUGUUACAGGGAAGCAUCAUGGAGAAUGCACAUGACGUUCUUCUCCACAGACUGCGUGGUUUAUGUGACAACUCGGACAGUCCUUUUGAAACCUUCACCGACCACGAAAUGUUUUUCUCAAUAAAAAAUACAACCAUUACACAGCCCCUCAGUUUGAGAGUCAGACACUCACUGGUUGAACAAGACUCCUGGCAGGUGAGAUAUGCAGGUAUGGCUGAGAUGGGAGACAAGAAUCGCCCGACCAUGGUUAGACACGUGAUAGACUGCAGUUCUUCUGACAAUAUCGUUCAAUUCCUUAAUGAACUGGGAUUCAGGAUGGACCAUGAAUUCGUCAUAAAGGGAUUUUAUUUCCAUAAGGGAAAAAUGAAAGUGACCGUGUCAAAAAUUUAUAAGAUGAAUGUGCCUGGUAAUACAGAGAACUUGGAGCCAUUUUCAACAUCCAGUCUUGUGGAGCUGUCUGUGGUUACACAGCAAUCAGGCGGAGAAGGCAUUGCAGAGGACAUGAAGAGCUUCUCUGAACAACUCAAACCACUUGUACAGCUUGAGAAGGUGGACCACCGACGACUACAAAACAUCUAGAUAUUGAUCAGAUCACUGAGGCUAUGGUGGAGGCAAAUAGUCACGACCUUCAUAAAUUCAUUUAUGAUAGAUAGAAGGUCUUUAUGAUGGAAGCAAAAAGUCACAGCUUUUAUACACUAAGUAAUGACAAAAUCAUGCUUUAAUUUUUCUUGACAAUUGUAACCAUCUUUUUUGAGAUGUUUUGUCAAAUUCCAGGAAAAAUAUUCAUCACAUUCACUUCUGUCAGGCGAGAAGUUUUCAGGAUUUGUGUUUAUGACGGAGAAGGUUGAUGAAAUUAUGCCGCAUUAGUGCUAACAUCAUCUUUACAUAGCCAGUAAGGAACCCUCAAAGAAGAUCCUCGAAGAACUGUUCAGCUGAAGAAGUCCAGAAUGUUUUAUAUCCAAGAUAUAAACUUCCUGUUUAUUUGAUUACAAGAACAGUUUCUGCAAUAUUUUAAGCUGUUUAAUUCGAGGCUAGCCUCAGACUGGUACUACAACACUUUAUACUAAUGGAUAUUGUUUUAACACUGGAUCCAGUGAUCUGAGGUGCUGAAAGGUGAAUCACUUAACUUCUGUAACAAGAAGUUGAGAAAACGUUUGAGAGUGCUCCUGAUGCACUGGGAUGUGAUUGGUCGAUCAAAAUGUACUACUACAGAACACGUAGGCUUGUAUGUGUAUGGGAAUUCCAUGUUUUGAAAAUACACUCGAGGACCAUGUAUCUUGUGAUUUUCCACAUUGACUUGACAUUUGGAGCAAAUCCCAGGGACAUUUCAGUAACAUCUUGUUAUACUGUACACUGUGAAAUAAAUCUUUUAUGAA